AUGGAUGUGUCGAGGGGGCGGGCCCGGGUGACGUCGACAGUCCAUCGUUCGACUCCGACCUCCCCGCCUAUCUUUGUCCGAAGUUUAGCGAGGAGGAUCGAGGGCUUUUCCGCCUGGGCCGUAGGGCAUAAAAGAGAAGCCACGAGGCGAUUCGAGGGCCUUUUUUUAUCUUCGCUGCCACUUCUCCUUUCUAUUCUGCUUCAGAUUCACCUUCCGGCUUUUGCGAUGUCUUCUGUGGGGAUAUGAGAUGGAGGGAAUUUAGUAGAAGCUUCGGGAACUUUCAGAGCUGCUGCCAGUCUAGAAAGCCGUAGUUUUAGUUCUCCUUUUUUACAUUUCAAAGCUCAUCAUUUGUUGGAGCCAUUGAUAAAGAUCAAGUGUUCUCUGAAGCUGCCUUUGGCAAGCUGAAAGACUAAAAAAAUCUUUGAUCAUAAAAAUAUCAAUUUUCGGCCCUUGUCGUCUUAUUACCACGAGAAUCUUGGCUGGCUCGGUUUUCAAGUCGAUGGAGCUUGCAUUUUAAGAAUUUUUGGAGAUUCAUCAGAUGAAGUUAGAAAGUCGACCCAAGUCACGCGGCCACAAGAAGCUUCCAUUAUGGUUGUUUUUGCGUGUUUGGGUUUCUCUAGAAUCGUCUCUUCCAGCGUUUUUUGAUUAUCCGAAGCCGCCGACGGCGGUCAGUUGAUCCACGUCGCUUCUCCCAUGGCAAACCGGUUCGGUCGGAUGUUAUCGCAUGUAGUUGUUGAGAUUGAGUGUCGCCCUUGAUCCUCCUUGAUUACUUUGUCUUCUUUUUUCUUCGGAUUAUUUUUGCAUGCGAUUAGGACAGAGUUUGCUGAAGCUUUUGGAUUCGAAGAGGCACAUUCACUGAAAAAUGAUGCUCAAUUUGAAAAUUUCAAGAAGUUAGCAAAAGGGGCGACUAUCCAAAUCUUGAAUUUUAUUUAUUCUUACCCGUGACAAAACCUAACUCUUUCAACUUUUCCCCAUUGACUAGAGCUCCAACUCUUUCUUGAGUCACUAUUUUAAUUUUUUUUUUUCAAUCAAAUAAAGGUAUUCUUCGAGGAUCUUGACCUUUCUUCUGAAUUAUCGAACCAGCAGAGUAAUUUUUCUUAGUCUGAAACCAAAUUUAUUUUCCUAAGCUUCAGAGAUUUUCCCAGUUGUUGAGUUUUAUGAGAACCUUCUAGGGCUUUAGAGUCUUUUUUUGGCACUAACUACAUUAUCGUGAACGAAAUUUUCAAUAUUUCUCUUUCUCAGAACGAAUUCUUCGGAUCCGAAGUUCUUUGAACAGUGAUUCCGUCACCUUUCUCCAAUCCUGAACUUUCAAUUGCUUUGAACCAUUUUUUCUCCCCCUCGAAAGUUCAUUGACCAGUGACUAACAGAUUUGUAUGUAUGCACUUUUUUCGAGGAAGUCUAGCCUCUCCGAUUGAAAAGCCGUUCAACCGAGGAAACGGGUCAGCCGUUGAAUGCGAGGCAACACUCGUGUAAAUUAGACUUGAAUAAGACGAGGAUUUGACCCGAAGAGCCGCUUUUUUGGCUUCUGAUUUUUUGAUUGAAGCCACUUUGAGUGGGAAUCUUGACGCUGGGUGGUCUCGACCAGUUCGAAAUGAGCCUGUUUAACUUCUAGUUUGUUUGAGAAGAAUGGCUUGUAAGAGUUAUGGUUUAGGUGAAACUUAAAUAAAGUUUAAAUAGAAGGACCAGACCUUCCUAAUAAAUUGACAGGUUCUUAAACUUGAAUCUUUUUCAAAAUGAAAACGUUCAGCAUCCCUUUUAAGAUCGAAAAUGAUUAGGCCAAAAAAUUAAUUAAAAAGAAGGAAAAUUUCCACUUUUCAAAUUUUUCGAAUUUUUAAAGUUUUCCCUUAUACAGAAUUUCUUCUUCAAUCCAUAAAUUUGAUUUUUCAUCUUUUUAUUUAAAAAAAGACUGAUGACGUUAAACUAUUUUUUUAUAAAAUUUUCAGAUUGGUCAUUUACAAUUUUGAGGACAUUAUUUUGCGUUAUUUUCAAGUUUUACUACAGUUUUGCUUCAAAAACUAAUUGAAUUAUUGUGAUUUCAAAAGUUGCGCGUUUGACGUUUCGAAAGAGUGCGGAAAGCGUUCUGAUAUGUUUAGAAGACAGUGCGACAUCGCACGCGACGCUUCGCCGCCGCCUCGGCUCGGCCAACACAAAAAGAAUGGUCUCUGGUCGACUUCUGAAAAAGACGGCGUUCACAAGGCGUAG